UAAACAAACUUAUUUGAUUAUUGAAAUCAACAAAACUAAGCAUUUUCUUAGAAAAUGUGAAAAAUCCGAAAAGAACACCUAUUAAACAAAACAAACCAACUAUAAUAGGCGACACAAGAAAACAAGCAGAAAUAAACUUAUUUUAUUUGGUGAUGGAUCCAACCAACUUAGCACUCUGUUGACUCAACAAGCUUGACUUCAUUGUAUAAACAGGUAUGGAUCUGAGCAAGGCACAAUCACCACAACCACAAACUCCGUUUCUGCUCUUUCCAUAUUAACAGAAUUAUGGCUGAAUCAUUUGUCUUAUUAGAUGUUGCUGAUUCACUCCUAGGGAAGCUUGCUUCUUAUACUUAUGAAGAAGCUUCUCAAGCCUAUGGUGUAUAUGAAGAUCUACAAGGGUUCAAAGAUACUUUAUCGAUUGUCAGUGGUGUGCUGUUGGAUGCUGAUCACAAGAAGGACCAAAAGCAUGGGCUGCGUGAAUGGCUAAAGCAGAUUCAAAACAUUUGCUAUGAUGCUGAAGACAUAUUGGAUGGAUUUGAGUUGCAACACAAGCGAAACCAAGUUGUCAAAUGCGGCAGCACCAAGAUGAAGGUACGCCACUUGUUUUCUUCCUCUAAUCCACUUGCCUUCCGUCUUAGGAUGGCGCGUAAAAUCAAAGAGAUAAGGGGCAGGUUGGAUAAGGUAGUGGCUGAUGGUACUAAGUUUGGACUUGCGAGUUUUGAUUCCGGACUUAUUAUGCAAGGAAGAGAAAUGACUUAUCCGGAUGUUGAUGCUUCAAGUGUAAUAGGAAGGGAAAUUGAUAAAGAUGAAAUUAUCAAGCUUUUGAUGCAACCAUUUCCUCAGCGUGGUGAUGAUGGUGAUCAAAGUAUCUGUGUCAUUUCCAUAGUGGGAAUUGGAGGAUUGGGGAAGACCACACUUGCAAAGUUGAUAUUCAAUGAUAAGAGGAUGGAUGAUCUUUUUCAAUUGAAGAUGUGGGUGUGUGUCUCUGAUAAUUUUGACAUCAGGCAGAUAAUCAUUAAAAUCAUCAACUCUGCCACUGCUUCUUUUUUUACUUCAGCUUCCGCUCCAACGAGUGGUCUUGCUUACCCAGAAAACAUUACCAACUUAGAUAUUGUGCAACUAGUAAGUUGUAUGAGACAAAAACUUUCUGGUCAAAAGUUUUUACUGGUGUUAGAUGAUGUAUGGAAUGAUGAUCGUGCAAAGUGGAUUGAGUUGAGAGAUUUGAUAAAAGUUGGACCACCAGGAAGCAAAAUUGUGGUGACAACACGCAGUAAAUCAAUUGCUUCAAUGAUGGGUAAUGUUCCCUCCUAUGUUUUGGAAGGUCUUUCUCCAACGGAUUGUUUGUCUCUAUUUGUCAAAUGGGCAUUCAAGGAAGGAAAAGAAGAAAACUAUCCAAAUCUAGUAGAGAUCGGAAAAGAAAUCGUGAAAAAAUGCCAAGGGGUUCCACUAGCCCUGAGAACAUUGGGAAGUUCCCUCUUCUCAAACUUUGAUUUAAGUAAGUGGGAAUUUGUCAGAGACUCAGAAAUGUGGAAUUUGGAACAAAAGGAACAUGAUAUUUUACCUGCACUAAAAUUAAGCUAUGAUCAAAUGCCGUCCUAUCUGAGACAAUGUUUUGCUUAUUUUUCCCUUUAUCCCAAAGAUCAUAUCUUCAAUACUUAUGUAAUGUGUAGUCUUUGGAUAGCCCUUGGAUUAGUUCAAUCCUUAAAUGGAAGUGAAAAGCUAGAGCAUGUUGCAAGAAAUUAUAUUGAUGAGUUACAUUCAAGAUCAUUUCUUCAGGAUGUCGAUGACUUUGGCUCCUCUUGCGAGUUCAAAAUACAUGAUUUGAUACAUGAUCUUGCAUUGUAUGUUGCAAGAGAGGACUUUGUAGCAGUAGACUCGCAUAUUCAGAAUAUACCUCCGCAAGCAAGGCAUUUAUCAGUUGUUGAAAAUGAUUCGCUUGACCAUUAUUUAUUCCCCAAGUCCAAAUAUUUGAGAAGUAUAUUAUUUCCCAUCCACGGAGUGGGUCUUGCAAGUGAAAGGGUUCUAGAUACAUGGGUAUCAAGAUACAAAUACUUGCGUUACUUAGAUUUAAGUGAUUCUUCAAUUAAGAUUCUGCCAAAUUCACUUACAAAAUUGGGGCACCUGCGUUUUCUCGAUCUUUCUCGUAAUGACAGGAUCAAAAGACUUCCAAAUUCCAUUUGCAAACUUCUAAAUUUGCAAGUUUUGUUGCUUAGUGGGUGCAUUGAGCUUGAAGAAUUGCCUAAAGGAAUAGGGAAGUUGAUUAGUCUUCGUCGUCUUAUUGUCACCACAAAACAGUCUACUCUGCCACAUGAUGAAUUUGCUAGUUUGAACCAUCUUCAAUCUUUGAGUUUUCAUGAUUGUGACAAUUUGAAGCUUAUGUUCAGACAACAACUCCCGUCCAUUGAAGAACUACAUUUUGAAUCAUGUGGGAGUCUCGAAAGCUUACCUCUUUACAUUUUUCCUAAACUACAGACUCUGUUUAUUAAUGAUUGUCAGAUGUUAAACAUGUCAUUGAACAACGAAAGCCCAAUCCAAAAGUUGAGGAUGAAAUAUUUGAUGCUUAUGAAUUAUCCGGGGCUUCUGGCAUUGCCUAGGUGGACUGUAGGUAUUGCAGACACAUUAGAGACCUUGCUAAUUUCUGAUUUGCCAGAUCUUGAGAUGCUUCCCGAGUGUUUAACAACAAUGUUUAAUCUUAAGAGGAUAUAUAUUCAUAACUGUCCUCAAUUGUUAUGUCUUCCAAGUGACAUGCAUCACCUCACGGCUCUUGAAGAUUUGCGCAUAGUUGAUUGCCCUGAAUUAUGCCGAAAAUGUUUGCCUCAAUCUGGUGAGUAUUGGCCCAUGAUUUCUCAUAUCAAGGGCAUUUUCAUUGAAGAACCAAGAGGAGAGGCGGAAUGAAGUCAUCAACCUUGGAAGAUGAUGACGUUGGCAUGGAAAAGAAAUAUGCAGCUUGAAGAGAACUAGGCGAUAUAAGAGUUGUUGUUUCAGCAAUCCAGCAUUCACCAAAAGAGAGCAGACCAGUGAUUGAUGACAUUUCAGAACAUGAAUGUCAGAUCACUAGGAAUGGAAAAUAGUUGUUUUUAUUAUAAUGUUCGAUGUAUCCUAAGAUUUCAAAAUGAGUAUUGUCUUUCAUAUUAUAUUUCCAGUUCUCAAAACCAUAUCUAUGAAAAUUCCAUAUUUGUUGUGAUUUAACUGGCAAUGGCUUUAUUCAUUCCA